CCUCCCCCUCUCCAUCCCCGAACACCUGGUGCCUCCGGCGCGCCGAGCCUCCUCCAGCUCCCAUCUGUUCCCCCAGAAGGGCGGAGGCUCGGGCCGGAGACCGAGCGGUGGAUGGGCACAGACUCCCCCUCCCCCCGGCCCCUCAGGCCGGGGGUGACCUUGGCCCCUGGAGUCCUCACCAUGAAUACCAAGGACACCACUGAGGUUGCUGAAAACAGCCACCACCUGAAGAUCUUCCUCCCCAAGAAACUGCUGGAGUGUCUUCCUCGAUGCCCACUGCUGCCUCCAGAACGGCUACGCUGGAAUACAAAUGAGGAGAUCGCAUCCUACCUGAUCACCUUUGAGAAGCAUGAUGAGUGGCUGUCCUGUGCCCCAAAGACACGGCCUCAGAAUGGAUCCAUCAUCCUCUACAACCGCAAGAAGGUGAAAUACCGAAAGGAUGGUUACCUGUGGAAGAAGCGGAAGGAUGGCAAGACCACCCGAGAGGACCAUAUGAAGCUCAAGGUCCAGGGCAUGGAGGGACUGAACAGAGGAAGAGUUGGGGAGCAGACUAGCCCUCCCCCCACCCAGCCUGUCUCCUGGCAGUGUCUCUAUGGCUGCUACGUUCACUCUUCCAUCGUCCCCACAUUCCAUCGGCGCUGCUACUGGCUGCUCCAGAACCCUGACAUCGUCCUUGUACACUACCUGAACGUCCCAGCCCUAGAAGACUGUGGAAAGGGCUGCAGCCCCAUCUUUUGUUCCAUCAGCAGCGACCGUCGAGAAUGGCUGAAGUGGUCCCGGGAGGAGCUGUUGGGACAGCUGAAGCCCAUGUUUCAUGGCAUCAAGUGGAGCUGCGGGAACGGAACAGAGGAGUUCUCUGUGGAACAGCUGGUACAGCAGAUCUUGGACACCCAUCCGACCAAGCCUGCACCCAGAACCCACGCCUGUCUCUGCAGUGGGGGCCUUGGUUCAGGAAGUCUUACCCACAAAUGCAGCAGCACGAAACAUCGUAUCAUCUCUCCCAAAGUGGAGCCCCGAGCUUUAACCCUGACCUCUGUGCCCCAUUCCCAGCCACCCGAACCUCCUCCACUGAUAGCUCCACUUCCCCCCGAGCUCCCCAAGGCACACACCUCCCCAUCUUCAUCAUCUUCUUCCUCCUCCUCCUCAGGCUUUGCAGAGCCUUUAGAAGUCAGACCUAGCCCUCCUACCUCUCGGGGUUCGAGAGGAGGCACUGCCAUCCUCCUCCUGACAGGACUGGAGCGGCGUACCAGGGGCUUGACACCCACCAGGCACUUGGCUCCACAGGCUGAAAAUAGGUCUUCUGUGAGCUUGGCGGUGGUUGUAGGUUCUGAACCCACUGCCCCACCAGCUCCUCCCAGCCCUGCCUUUGACCCUGAUCGUUUUCUCAACAGCCCUCAAAGGGGCCAGACAUACGGAGGGGGCCAUGGGGUGAGCCCAGAUUUCCCUGAGGCAGAAGCUUCUCAUACCCCCUGCCCUGCCCUAGAGCCUGCUGCUGCCCUGGAGCCCCAAGCAGCCGCUCGGGGGCUCCCUCCACAGGCAGGAGCAGGGGGGAAAAGAGGAAACUGUUUCUUCAUCCAAGAUGAUGAUGUUGGGGAGGAGCUCAAGAGCCAGGGAGUCGCCCCACCUGUACCAUCACCCCCUCCCUCAUCUCCAUCCUCCCCUGCCCCUCUGGAGCAAUCAGGCAGGGUAGCAAGAGGGGAGGCCUUAUUUGGAGGAGCCGGUGGAGCCAGUGAGCUGGAGGCCUUCAGUCUUUCGUCAUUCCCAGACCUUAUGGGAGAACUCAUCAGUGAAGAAGCUUCAGGCAUCCCUGCCUCGACGCCCCAGCUCUCACCUGCUCUUAGCACCAUCACAGACUUCUCUCCAGAGUGGUCCUACCCAGAGGGUGGAGUCAAGGUGCUCAUCACUGGCCCUUGGACGGAGGCAGCAGAGCAUUAUUCCUGUGUCUUUGAUCACAUCGCAGUGCCAGCCUCACUUGUCCAGCCUGGUGUCUUACGCUGCUACUGCCCUGCCCAUGAAGUGGGGCUGGUAUCUUUACAGGUAGCAGGGCGAGAAGGGCCCCUCUCUGCUUCUGUGCUCUUCGAGUAUCGAGCCCGCCGAUUCCUGUCUCUGCCAAGUACACAGCUUGAUUGGUUGUCACUGGACGACAACCAGUUCCGGAUGUCCAUCCUAGAGCGGCUAGAGCAGAUGGAGAAGCGUAUGGCAGAGAUUGCAGCAGCUGGGCAGGCCCCUUGCCGGGAUCCUGAGGCUCCUCUAAUUCAGGAUGAAGGCCAGGGUCCUGGGUUCGAGGCACGGGUGGUGGUGUUGGUAGAGAGCAUGAUCCCACGAUCUACCUGGAGGGGUCCUGAUCGCCUGACUCAUGGAAGCCCCUUCCGUGGCAUGAGCCUUUUGCAUCUGGCUGCCGCCCAGGGCUAUGCUCGUCUCAUCGAGACCCUGAGCCAGUGGCGGAGUGUGGAGACUGGAAGCUUGGACUUAGAGCAAGAGGUUGACCCGCUGAACGUGGAUCAUUUCUCUUGCACCCCUCUGAUGUGGGCUUGUGCCUUGGGACACUUGGAAGCUGCUGUGCUCCUCUUCCGCUGGAACCGACAGGCGCUGAGCAUUCCUGACUCUCUGGGCCGUCUACCCCUGUCUGUGGCUCAUUCAAGGGGGCAUGUGCGCCUUGCUCGCUGCCUUGAGGAACUGCAGAGACAGGAGGCUUCAGUGGACCCCCUACUUGCCCUAUCACCACCUUCCUCCAGCCCAGACACUGGUCUCAGCAGUGUUUCCUCACCCUCAGAGCUGUCAGAUGGCACUUUCUCCAUCACAUCAGCCUACUCUAGUGCCCCAGAUGGGAGUCCUCCCACUGCUCCUCUGCCAGCCUCUGAAGUUAUUAUGGAGGAGAUGGUCUCGGGCCCACUCUCCUCUGGUGCACCAGAAACCCCCUUACUCAUGGAUUAUGAGGCCACCAACUCCAAAGGGUCCUCACCUUCCCCUCCUGCCUUCCUGCCAGCACCAGAUGAUGGAGCUGCUCCAGAGGACACUGACAGCCCAUCAGCUGUGGAUGUGAUCCCGGUGGACAUGAUCUCACUGGCCAAGCAGAUCAUUGAAGCCACGCCAGAGCGGAUUAAACGAGAGGACUUCAUGGGGCUUCCUGAAGCUGGAGCCUCAUUGCGGGAGCGGACGAGCACUGCGGGCCUCAGUGAGACCAUGUCCUGGCUGGCCAGCUACCUGGAGAAUGUGGACCAUUUCCCUAGCUCAGCCCCUUCCAGUGAACUGCCCUUUGAGCGAGGUCGCCUGACUAUGCCUCCAGCACCUUCCUGGGCAGAGUUCCUCUCUGCAUCUACCAGUGGCAAGAUGGAAAGUGACUUUGCCCUGCUGACACUCUCAGAUCACGAGCAACGGGAACUGUAUGAGGCAGCCCGAGUCAUCCAGACAGCUUUCCGAAAGUACAAGGGGCGGAGGCUGAAGGAGCAGCAGGAGGUAGCAGCAGCUGUGAUCCAACGCUGUUACCGGAAGUACAAGCAGUUUGCACUCUAUAAGAAGAUGACCCAAGCAGCCAUACUGAUCCAGAGCAAAUUCCGAAGCUACUAUGAACAGAAACGAUUUCAGCAGAGUCGGCGAGCGGCCGUGCUCAUCCAGCAGCACUAUCGUUCCUACCGCCGCAGGCCGGGGCCUCACAGGCCUUCAGGGCCCCUGCCGGCCCGCAACAAAGGCUCCUUUCUCACCAAGAAGCAGGACCAGGCAGCCAGGAAGAUCAUGAGAUUCCUGAGGCGCUGCCGACACAGGAUGAGGGAGUUGAAGCAGAACCAGGAGCUGGAAGGACUUCCCCAGCCGGGGCUGGCCACCUGACCUGGCCCCGGGGCCAGGAGAGUGCUUUCUGGGGCCGGGGCGCCCCUGUCGGCAGCUUUCCCCCCACAUUUUUGUUGGAGCCCUUCGCCUCCACCCCGCGCGGCCCAGCACCUCUCUCCCGGCCGCGCCUCCUCUUUCGGUCCCGCAUCUGCAGCUGUGACCCGCGGAGCCCUGCCUGCCCGCGCCCCGCGCCCGCCCCGCCUGCCUGCACCGGCUUGGCCCUUCCUGACUUGCCUUAUUUAUUUGUCGGACGCGUCACUGAAUGUAUCCGCCUCGGCCCCACCGCUGCCCGCCGGCGUGCCCGCCCACCUCGGCUCCGCACGCCUGCCCCCUUCCUGGAUUGGUCUUCUCCUGCCACCCCGACUCCGGCCGCCCCCUCGGGGCCCGGGGACCGGGGUGCACCGAGGACCGCCCCGAGGGCGGGGGGCCUGUAUAUACUGUAACAUACAGAGUAUAGUGAAGAAUCUAUUUAAGACGCCGCGGGAAGGGCCGCGCGGCCCGACGGGAGCUCCCUUGCGCGGCGGGGCCCCGGCCGGCUCCACGAGCACUUUCUACGUCUGCAUGGGCUUGGUUUAUACGAAUUGCCAUUAAACGUCGCUGCACCA